AUGACCAUCCAGUCCGCCCAGACGACGGCCAAGGCGACGACGGCCAAGGCGACGACGGCCACACUCGCAGCAGCCACCACGGCGUCGCUCGACGACCUCACACCGGCCAACCUCGAGUGCAUACGGCGCCUCCAAGCGGCGCAACCGCCCCCCUCGUUUGACCACGUCCCGCACCGCAGCCAGGCGGCCGUCGCCGUCAUCCUCUUCCAGGGCACCGACGCGCAGCUCCACGCCAUCAUGACGACGCGCGCACAGCACCUCCGUUCCCACCCGGGACAGGCAUCGCUGCCCGGCGGCAAGAUGGACUCGACCGACAGCGACGUCGCCUGGACGGCGUUGCGCGAGAGCUGCGAAGAGGUCGGCCUCGACCCGAAAUCCGUUUCCUACAUCCACACCUUUGCACCUUUCCUCAGCAAGACGGCGCUCCUCGUCCAUCCCGUCGUCUUCUACCUUCGCGGCGGAGAGGCGGCACUCAAACACCUUGUCGCCUCUCCCAGCGAGGUCGACCUGAUCUGGUCCACGCCCCUCGAACAGUUCCUCUCGUCGACGGCGCCAAAGCACCUCGAGGCCCACCUCGCCCACCCAAGCUCCGUAGACAAGCAUCGACCCCCGCAGACGGCCUUCCGCACCUACACCGACGUGCCCUGGAUCUCGGGCUCCUACCGCAUGCACCGCUUCCGAUCCCAGCACCAGCUUAUAAAGGGCCUCACCGCCGACGUCCUCAUCCACACCGCCACCUGCGCCUACGGCCGCCGCCCCGCCUACCCCGUCUGCGCACCCGACCAGCUCUCCUGGUCCGACAUGGUCGACAGAGUCCUCCAGCGCCAGCACAAGGGACAGCGCGGCGAAAGGCGGUGGGGCGACGGCGAAUCGGGCGACGCCUAUGGCUCCAGCGAGGCUUACGCCACCAACAUUGGCGUCGACGAUGAGUGA